AUGAACAAGACGCAGUUUUACCUAUCGCAGUGUGCCGAGGCCGCCUCGAAGAGCCCAAUGUGCUUCACUCUCGGUGCAGUAAUGGUCAAGGGCGGUAAGAUCAUUUCUUCAGGUUACAACCACCACCGGCCGCACUACGAUGGCGCGGAAGUGCACACUCAGGGGCAUCGUAAGCCGGUGUCCAUGCAUGCGGAGAUGCACGCGAUCUUCAACCUCACGGGCAUGUCCCCUUCGUUCAAGAAGCAGGUUCAAGGGAUGGAGUGGCGCGUUAAACAAGGCACACAAGCACAAGGCGCACCACCAGAACAUCGAACAAAAGGCCAACAGACAAAACGGUGCCCGGGCUCUGAGUGGUGGCUUUCAGGGCCCUAUGGACACUCAGCAGCCCCCUCACCUUCAGCCUGGGAUUCAUCAUCACCGCUCGUCCGCGAAGAGCAAGAGCAAGCGCCGACCGGCGGGGAGAGCGGGAGCGAGGGCGGCGGAUAUGAAGGCUCGCGACCGGCUUUGGGCUCAAGUGCAAGCAGUUGCUGCAGCGAGCCGGGCAAGGGAUGGGACGCCCGGCGACGCGACCCGCGGGUGAACGGGGCGGACAUCUAUGUCGCGCGGUUCACCAAGAACGGGAUGGGCGGUGCGCGUCCGUGUUGGCGCUGCCUGGAAUGGUGCAGAUGGGCAGGGGUCAAGCGGAUAUUCCACUGGAACGGAGAGGAAAGUAGGUUCGACGUCGUGAAAGUGAACAGUGCACAGGGAGACAUCAUGUACGAGACCCACGCAGAUAUCCGUCUCUUUGCUGGACUGGGCUGGUGAUUUUGUCGUAUAUAUUCGGCGUAAAGGAAUGUACGAUGGGCCGGGGGCAUCACGUCAUCAUCUGAGUCUCCAGAUUGACUGCACUAUCGAGUCCUCCUUCCUGCCUCCUUCUCCCCGACAACUGCUCCCCGUCCAAACCUGUCCACGGGCGAGAGAGUUACUAAUGCGGGGAAGAUCAACUAAUGCCAGCCCGAAGGGUGGCAUAGGCACUAAUUCAGGUAGGCGGUUUGCUAUGUAUCUUCUGGCUUUUUUUGUACAUGUCUUACACAUCUCAACAAUUAGCAAUC